ACAUUAAACAUAAGAACACGUCAUCGUCACUAUCAUCCUUGUCAUUAUCAUCAUCAUCAUCAUCAUCAUCAUCAUCUUCUUCUAAUCCUCAGUCUUUCCUAAAGCUGAAUCAGCAAAUUUGCAACUGUUGACUCCGAUACGGCACCGUUUCAAUUCAACAUCAAGAUCAACCCAUCGUCUUCAGUUCCGAAGAAACAAACAAUGGCGUCUCGCACGAUCCUCGAAGCAAUGAAGAACAAACGCUCCUUCUUGUUCCCCUCAUCUCCUCGCUUCUCCAUUUUCUCUACUCGACUCGGUAGCACGCUGGUUGUGGCGGAGCACGACGGUGGUGCUAUCAGAGCUCCUUCUCUCUCUGCGCUCACGGCCACUACGUGUCUUCCUGAUAGCGGCUCCUCCGUUUCUCUCCUCUUGGCUGGCUCUGGUCCUUCUCUCCAUCAAGCUGCUUCACAUGCUGCUUCCUGCCACCCUUCAAUUUCUCAGGUGCUGGUGGCAGAUUCGGAUACGUUCAAGAGCCCUUUGGCAGAACCCUGGGCUAAACUGGUCCAUAUGGUUCAGCAGAGAGGUGGUUACUCUCAUAUAAUUGCUGCUUCAAGUUCUUUUGGGAAAAAUGUCAUGCCUCGCGCAGCUGCCCUCUUAGAUGUUUCUCCAGUUACUGAUGUUACUGGGAUUUCUGAUUCUCAUACUUUUGUAAGGCCUAUAUAUGCUGGAAAUGCGCUUUGUACUGUGCGAUAUACUGGUGCCGGUCCUUGUAUAUUAACUAUAAGAGCUACAUCUUUUCCUGCUCCCCAGAAGUCAGUUGACUCAAAAUCUAAUGAGGCUUCAAUAUCUCAGGUUGACCUUUCAACCUUCGAUGAAGAUUUGGGCAAGUCUCGAUAUAUAUCUCAAACUACUCAGGAGGACGAACGGCCAGAUCUUGGGAAUGCAAGAAUUGUAGUUUCUGGUGGUCGAGCGCUAAAGAAUGCUGAGAACUUUAAAUUGAUAGAAAAUCUUGCCGAGAAACUGGGUGCUGCUGUUGGUGCCACUCGUGCUGCUGUAGAUGCAGGAUUUGUUCCUAAUGAACUCCAGGUUGGGCAAACUGGAAAGAUUGUUGCUCCCGAACUCUACAUGGCUUUUGGUGUAUCCGGAGCUAUUCAACACAUCGCAGGAAUGAGGGAUUCCAAGGUCAUUGUUGCUGUGAACAAUGAUGCCGAUGCUCCUAUAUUUCAGGUUGCUGAUUAUGGACUUGUAGGGGAUCUAUUUGAGGUGAUACCAGAGUUGCUGGAGAAGCUUCCCGAGAAAAAAUAAAAACAAUGUAAUCUGUAGAACUAAAUAGUUGGCCAUUGUAUGAUUGUAUCAUCAUCAUUGUAGUCUAAAAUAUAAAUAGCAGUUUAUCUAAAAUAAAAAGAAAAUGAAGUUUUUAAA